GAAACCCAGCCCUGGGCACUUGUUCCCCCGUACUCCGUAGACCACUUUCUUUUCUUCAAAUACAUCAUACUGUAGAAUGUCACCUAUUUCACGCCCAACUACUCCUCCUCCCACCUCUUCAUCGACCGAGACUACCACCACAAAGUCAAAGACCGAAUCUCAUCCUCCUCCAUCCCUGCCCGGCUCACCCGUAACCAAGCGCGUAAAGCAAACGACAAACUCCACCUCAGGACAAGAAGAAGCCUCCGAAUCAACAUCCACCAUGACUGUCCCCGCUACUACCAAGGUCGAGAACUCGCCGCCAUUGCUCAUCAAGAAGCUCUCCGAGCAUGGCCGCACGCCGACCCGCGGCAGCGCUUUUGCCGCUGGAUAUGAUCUCUACAGUGCACACAAGACGAUCAUCCCUGCAAGAGGGAAGGCGCUCGUCGAUACGGCAUUGGCUAUUGCUGUCCCGGCAGGAACUUAUGGUCGGAUAGCUCCUCGUAGUGGCUUGGCGGCGAAGCACUUUAUUGACACGGGUGCUGGUGUUAUUGACGCAGACUACCGUGGUGAAGUCAAGGUUCUUCUCUUCAAUCACAGCGACAAAGAUUUUGAGAUUGCGGAGGGCGAUCGCGUUGCUCAAUUGGUGCUUGAACGGAUAUAUACCCCAGAAGUCGUUGAGGUCGAGCAGCUUGAGGAGAGCGUUCGAGGCGCCGGUGGAUUUGGAAGCACCGGUUCUUCAUAAAUUUCUUUACAAAAAUCUCAUUUUAUCUAGUAUUUGCAACUCAUAUAUCUCGGGAGCAUUCAACGGUCAGGCAUUAAAGACCAAGCAUAUUCUGAUCUGUAGCUGCAAGAAAGGUAGCGCAGUGAAAGAUAAUUAUUCUAUAGAAAAUAUUACAGGAU